AUAAAUUCAACGGUGUGAUGAAGUGUCGUAUUGGGAAACAAACUUCUUUUUUAUGUCACUGAUAUCCUCACCGACCCAAUCUAUUCACCAAAUCAUGGCCUGAGAAAUCUAAAUACUGAUAAGGAAAGAAGAGAAGAAUUUAUGUAUCGAAUUUGUGGAUUUGGAUCGCCGAAGAGCGCGAGUAAAAUGACGGACGACGACUUGUAAUGGCGGAUUUGCUCAAAACCGGCGAUGUUGUCAGACAGCGAUGGAAAAUUACCAAAAAGAUUGGUGGUGGAGGAUUUGGAGAUAUAUACAAGGGUGUUGACUUGGUUUCCCAAGAGAACAUAGCAAUGAAGGUGGAAUCUGUUCACCAAUCCAAGCAGGUUCUGAAAAUGGAGGUAGCAGUCUUGAAAAAACUGCAAGGUACAGAGCAUGUUUGUAAGUUUGUAAGCUGUGGUAGAAAUGAGAGUUUCAACUACCUAGUGAUGUCGUUACAAGGGGUGAAUUUAGCUGAGUUGAGGAGAAGUCAACCUAAAGGAGUUUUCUCUACUAGUACUACUAUUAGAAUUGGUGUUCAGAUACUGAAGUCUGUCAAGUCUAUUCAUGAGGCUGGCUUCUUGCACAGAGAUAUUAAACCUGUAAGUAUAAUUAACUAUACUUUCAUGGAAGAAACAGAUAUUAGAAGAUAGAAGAUAUUACAUGGUCCAGCAGAGAUACG